CGGGAAUGUGCAGUAUGCAGCAGGCGUGGCUCGGUUUGUUUAAAUUUCAAUCUUGUGCUCUCCACUCAUCCACACACCUGCUGCAGCUCCAACAGGUCUCUUAACAGGUGUCUGAUUUCGGUAACAGAAGGAAUAAAGAAAAUAAACAUAAAUUUCAUCUCUUGAAGUUUGAACUCAUUGCAAUGAACCUAAAUACAGCAGAAACUGAGACGGCUGACAUCAGUGAAGAUGUGGAAGCAGAAGUUUUAUGUAAUAACUUCUGGAAACUGUGCAUUUCAGAGUAUGUGAAACAAAACCCAGAGUUCAAAAACACACAGCUGUUCACUUUGUUGGUGCUGCUGAACGCAUAUGUUCCUAAUUCUUACCUCCGUAUGGAUGAGUGUCAACAGAUCCUUGGACCACCUGAUCUAAUCCAUGGAGGCCCUCCCUUUGAAGAACGAAUGGAGCCUUUCACCUUUUUGAUCAGUCCAGACCCUGAACAUGUGACAAUAAUUCACCCAGUGAUUGCACAGAGAUCUGUGGAGCUGCUGCAUGUUUUGAAGAUUAACAGAAGCACUACAGUGAAAAAAUUAAUGCACUUACUAUGUGGAGCUGAGAGUGAACUACGAAUUGCCGAAUACGUCAAAGAUUUGCUAACAAAGAGAGAAAUGGGGGAGGAUGGUCAAGAGAAAUUCUCAAAGUUGAUCAGGGAUAUUAAGAAAAAAGAGAGGUUUUACCAUGCUGUCUCUGUACUGAAAUGUGCAUCAGAAAAAUUUGAAACGAAUCCUAUUUUUCCUCAAACAAUUGCUCGUCUGUAUCAUAAGAAGGAUACAACAAAAGCUGAAGAAUGGGCAAAGGAUACGACUAGGGCUGAAAAAUGGGCGGAAAAGGCGAUUGAAAGAGCUCCAAACAACUCUUACAUGGCUGACACUCUGGCACAAGUUUAUAAGAAACGCUUCAUUGAUGCUGGUCAGGAUAUUUUAAAAAAGGCACAAAAGGCCUUCCAAGCAUUUAAAGAUGUGGAGGAGAAAGCUGAGAAUGAAGCGCUCUCAGAGACGAUGGAGGCAGCUGAUGCUGAAAGCAGGUCGGAUACCUUCAACAACAGAGGGCGCUUUGGUUUCAUUCAAGUCGCAAAGUUAGCUUUUGAGAAACCCAACUACUCCCCUGCAAAUAUUUAUCCAGAUAUAAAAACAAAAGUUGAAGAGGAGUUCAACUUUUUUGAAUGGUAUCUAACCUACUCCAAACCAGGCAUGAGUACCUUGGAGCCACAUUACUUCUGGAGCGAUGUUGCACUCUGUUAUGAGCACUACACAAACAAAAGAGUAGCAGCCUUUCAGGAUACCAGCUUUCCAGGCCUCCUUGAUUUCCUGAACCAUGGACUUUUCAUGUCAAAGGGAAGACGUGCUGAAUUUGAGGAACCUGAAAAAACUGUGUCUGAUUUAGAGAAAAUUCAAGAAUGUCUGAAGGCUGCAUACGAGGAAAAUGUUGAAGAUAUCAAACUAGCAGAGAGGUACAUCCUCUCCAACAUCCUCUUAAGCAACAAGAUGCCAGAUUCUCCUAAACUCAGCCCAGUGAAUGAACUCCAAAUGAUCAUUCACACAUUGUUGGGCAGAGAAGAAGGAAGUAUUAGACCUGAGUUUUACCUUUUGGUGCUGAUGUUGUUUUGGCCUGAAAAUCAGCUUCAGGUGCCGCAAAACAAGGACGAUGAAGAAGUCGGACAAAAGGCGACAAAGGACAGUAAGUCAGCAGACUCAACCUGGGAGGAUACGAACACUGUUGAGGAACGAGACAAAGAACCUGGGGAACCUGCACAACUUCCUGCUGACAACAUGUUUGACCUCAACCUGCAACAGUAUGUCACAUUCAUGGAGGACACAUUUAAGAAAGCCAACUAUGCCAAGUACCUGCGAGGACGUUACUUGUUGCCACUGUUUUUUCUGGGAAAAGGCUCCGGACUGAGCAAAUGGAUCCACAAAUCCAGGCUGGAUGCAAUAGUGGAGGAGAAGGUGGACGCUGAGUUAAAGGAUAAACAAAAUAAAAAGGAGAAGAUGAGGCGGAUCAAUGAUCUGUGGCUCAGAGGGAAAGUGUGGCACAUUCCAGAAAUCAGAGAUAUCCUUCUUCCGGUCCAGACAGAGCCGAGUUCUUCUGCAGAGUCACAGGAGCAUGAAGAACAGGAAGUGUGUGUUUGUGUAGGAGACCAGAAAAUAAAGGCAAGAACAGAAGCUCAACCACCUGAACCAGCACUGCCAACGACGCUUUUCUAUCUGGGCUUCACCAUUCAGGGUCCUGUUGUCUUUAAAGUGGGAGACCUUAACUCUGACAGUGACCAUCAGUGAACUCUAUUAUGGACAUUUACUUUACUGAGUUUACUGUGAAAAACAGUAAAAGUAAAGCUGGAUUCAUACCUGAAAAAUACUACAUGUUUGCAGCUGUAGAUAAAGAAGAAAUAGUAGUUAAUAUAAAAAUAACAGCAGUAAUGUGCUUUUACUCAAUCUGUCUGAAUCAGAGUUAUUGUAGCAUUUAGUCUUUGAUUAAUUUUUUUCUUGUUUUUGAGUUUUGAGUGUAAUUACAGGUUUACAGAGUAGGUUUAUUAAUAAUAAUAAUAAUUUCUGUGUUUUAUUAAUUUCUUGUUGGCAACCAAAAUUAGUUAGUGUAGUUUUUAUUUGUUUUACAGUUAGCUGUUAAGCUUUUUAACAUCUAGUUUAUUUAGCUAGUUAUAUUAGUUUAGUGUCUAAAUCUGGAUUAUCCUGCAUUUAAUGAGUUUUGCUUCGUAUUUCUGCAACAUAUUUCUCACUGUACUCAUGGCUUUCAAAGAAAUAUGUUUUGAAAAUGUAAUAAAAAUAUAUACCUUUGAAUAGUCUAUUUUUUAUGUUUUGUUAUGUUUGAAUCUGUGUGUAUGUAUGUGUUUAAGUUUAGUAAUAUAGAAUAAGGUCUAAUUUUCUAAUAAUUGAAAAGUAAAACAUUACACUGAACUAUUUUCUUUUUCCAGACUCCAUUUUCUCUCUAAAGUAAAAUAGUAGUAGUAAAAUAGUAAAAUCAUUUAAAAGAUGUGGGUCCAUGUAGGACCUUAUAAAAUGUAUACUUCAAAGUCAAAUUUUCACAGGUCAGAUUUUAAUGAUUGAAUGUAACAGAAUGCCACAGUGACGAA